AUGGCAACACGCGCUAGAAAGGUCAACGAGUCCAAAGAAGCGUCAAACUCGCGCCUUGGAGGCACCACCGCGGCCGCAACACGGUCCGCCACCCAGCCCAUACGCGCUACACGUAGCACGCGCGGAGCUGCAGCGGCGGUGGAUGCAACAGAGGCGCCGAAGGUAGCCUCUAAAACGCGUGCAGGACCCAAGAAAACAGCAAGCGCAACGGAGAAAGUGGCUCCUCCCCUCAGGAAAGCUCCGGUCAAAGUCAGCAAAAAGGCUACCCAACCUACUACGGUAGAAGAGAAUGAUCGAGAUACUAUCAAGGCAUUCUUGCGUAUCCGGCCGAAUAAGGAAAACGAUGAACGUGAAAUAUCAUCACCGUAUCUAAAGGCUCUAUCCGAGACCACUGUCCAGAUGACGGAUCCAUCGUCUUCGAGAAUCCGCACCAUCUCCUCCAUUCCACCCGUCUCCACCUAUACGUUUACUCACGUGUUUGAGAAUACAACACAAUCUAAAUUCUUCCAACGUGUAGCACUUCCACUUGUUCAGUCCUUGCUCGCCGGCGAGAAUGGACUGCUAUUCGCGUAUGGUGUCACAAAUUCUGGCAAGACGUACAGUAUACAAGGGGGUCAUGGAGACGAGGAAGCGGGAAUUCUGCCGCGAACUUUGGACGUCGUCUUCAACUCCAUCGACACUCUACUCAGCGACCGAGUGCUAAGGCCAAAAGGUCUCGGAAGCGUAGAGUCUCUGGUGUCUGAAGAACCUAUAGGCUCCGAGCUAUUGCAAGAAAAGGAGGAGCGCACAAGCACCAUGAUCAACGAGGUACUUGGCCAUAGCGAUAUCCCGGCGCUCCAGGACGAGAACGCCGACGAGACGGUGCUCCCUGUGGACAAAAACUACGAAUACGCAGUGUGGGUGAGCUACGCUGAAGUCUAUAACGAAAAGAUAUUCGACCUGCUCUCCGUGUCCGAUCCCACCGCCGACAACUCUAAACCGCACACUAUUGGAAAUGCAGUCUCCAGCUAUCUCAACCUCGCCGCUUUGGCCUCAUCAUCCUCGAGCAACAUUCCGGUGACGCUUCACCGUCGUGCAUUGGGGCUAAAGACAUCACCAGAUGGAAUGGGCAAAUAUGUGCAUGGUCUUCGAGAAGUACGUGUGAAGAACGCUCGAGAGGCGAAAGCUGUGGUCCGGAUGGGUACCAUUAACAGACGAGUUUUUGGCACUGUAGCCAAUGCCGUCAGUAGUCGAAGCCACGCCAUCUUUACCAUCAAGCUUGCGAAGAUUCACCGUGGAGCAUCUCAAGGAGAGCUAACCGACGAUGAUGUUUCUGUUUCGAGAUUAUCCCUCGUCGAUCUUGCCGGAUCGGAACGAGCACGUAACGCUGGUACUUCCCGUGUCGGAGAGGGAGAGAGACUACGCGAAGCGGGCAGCAUCAACAAAAGCUUGAUGGUGCUUGGUCAAUGUCUCGAGGCGAUGAGAACGAACCAAAAAAGGCUCGCUGUAGCGGGGGCGGCCCCUAUUGCGAAAGGCGAGCAUGGACUAUUGGAAAAGCCUAAACUGGCCAUUGUGCCAUUUAGGCACUCGAAGAUUACCGAACUCUUCCAGGAUUACUUUGUUGGUGAAGGACGAGCGGUCAUGAUCAUCAAUAUUAACCCCUACGACACCGGCUUCGAUGAGAAUGCUCAUGUCAUGCGAUUUGCUGCUCUCGCACGGGAGGUGGUGACAAACCUGCCUGGGACCCUGGGAACAAGCGUGUUAGCACGGGGCCCAUCUUUCCUCCCUCCACUCAAUACUGCGUCAAGAGCUCCGUCCAGACUCGCAAGCACUACAGCGGCUCGCUCGCUGCAGACAAGCACCCGAAAGGUCAUGCUCUCGUUGGGUGGAAGCAGCGGAAAGGGCACUCGAGGAAGCGUCAACACUGUAGUGGAUGUGAUAGAAGAGGACGCAGCGAUGGAUGUUGACGAUCAGAGUGCUGAUGAAGAAGAAGAGGCAACGUUCUCACUUGUUGAAGAGUUGUUCAGUCGUAUUGAGGAACUCGAGUGCAAGGCAGCGGAGAUGCGUGCCGCGAUGGUAGAGACGGAAACUCGCGAAGAAGUCGCCCAAGAGAUGGAGGAGCGUCUACAUGUCAUGGAGCGAAUGUAUCGUGACCGGAUGACACGCGAGGCAGAAGAGAAUGAUCGAAAGACUGAUGAGAAGAUGGACUUGCUACAUCGAGCACUGAAGACUGGUGGCGGCACCCUUUCUCCAGUCAAGAAGGCAUCCCGACCGGUUGAGCAAGCAUAUGAAGAGACCGAACAGGUAUCAGUGCACUCUAGUGAAGGCAGUGACCUCUUAGAUGGUCACCAUCCCCAAGUCACCAAGGUCAACCUCACCACUGUUCGUGACCUCAAACGAAACCCGAUUAUGGACAUGGAAGAAGAGGAAGACGCAAGCAUGACGGAUGAUCAAGAGGAUACAGAGGACACAGACGAAGAUGAGGAAGACGACAACCUCAUAGAUGAUCAAGCGGAAGAGGACAACGAGGAGAAGAGCGAGCCUCCGAGUAGUGAAGGGGACGGCGAAACAUUAGGCAGUGAAGAUACGGAGGAGACGGCGAGCGAGGAUAUUGGUGCCGUCCAGGAGGACUCUGACGAUGACCUCAUCCCACCCAAGAAGAGCAAACCAAAGGCGUCUACCGCAAAAAGCGCCAAGUCAAACAAAAGGAUUGUACUCUCCAGCGAGGACGAGUCCUCUGACUUGGAGCGCGAUCUUUACCAUGAUCGAUCUGGAGGCGCCAAGAAGGAACCCCGCAAGGGAACGAAGGCUAAGUCAAUGCGAAUAUCUGAGUCGACUGCGACGGGUGCCACGAACUCUGUUAUUGACUUGGAGGAUUCCGACAACUCGCUGCCUCCAAAUUCAAUGUCGAGAGCAAAAGCAUCGAAAGGCCAACAAGCGAUGACGAGUAAAAUGGCAACCACGUCAAAGAGAAAGAAGGACACUGUAACGGCAGAAGAGAUGGAAGCCCUCACGAAACGGGUGGAAAAGGCGUCUCUCAAUCUACAGAAAGGUGUCCGAAAGUCGACACGAGCAAAAUAG